GAGCAUUUGUAAAGAAGACCCUGAAAACCUGAACGCCUGGGCCAACCUGGGCUAUGUGUAUGACAGGCUGGGGAGAGAGCUGGAGGGAGGGGAAUGUGUGGACAAAGUGUCCCAGCUGAUGGGUGUUGAUGGAGGAGAGGCGUCCAAGGAGGAGGUCAGGGUGAUGGCUGCCCGCUGCCUGGCUGAACAGGCGUACGUUUAUCCGUACGACGUGGAGCUGGAUAAUGAGGAUGAGCUGAGGGAGAGGCUCAUGUCGGCCCUGACGCUUUACAACCGAGCUUUGUGUUAUGGAGAUCAUCUGAUACCAUUGGAGGAAAAGCGGAGCUGGUACUUUAAAAUGGCAACAAUUUAUAUCAG